CGAAAUCAUUCAGAUCGGAAGAAGAUGGCAACACCCAGAAACAAUCCCUUUCCUUCCCCAACAAAUUUCCGGCCGCCCUCUUCUUUCAUCUUCCUAACCCUCCUUCCAAUGGCUUCUCAAGGAAAGUAUCCAUCUUUCCCUUCUUCUUCUUCCUCUGCAUCAUCAUCUCCAUAUAUAACCCCUCGUUUCCAUCUAAUUUCAUCAUUACAAACUAAAUCAGAAAGAAAAAAAAAUCCACUACCAAUUCAAUCGCAAGACUCACAUUCAAACUCUUUAAUUUCCACUUUUCGGAUUCAGAUCGUACCAUAUUAUGGAUUCAGAACAAGCCCAGAAGGAAAUUCAAGUCCCCUUUUCAAAGUACUCGAAAAGGGUCAUCUUGAAAGAUAUAGUUGGCCGGAGUGACGGCGGGGUUGGCUUGAUUGGUCAGAGGGUUCUCGUCGGAGGAUGGGUCAAGUCUUCCAGGGAGAUUAAAAAGGACCUUCCUCCUUCUUCUCCGUCUCCGAAUACAACUCCCGAUGCUGUUGGACCUAAAGAUGUGAGGUGUGUGGAAUACUUUCAAUCUGUCCCUUUUCUUAAGUCUAUUGUGAAGGUUUUGGGCGGAGGAGAUCAUCGGAGUCGUAGCAAGUUGGAUUCCCUGACUCCCAAACGGGUCAAACCGCCGCAGCCCACGAUUUCACUUCUGCAAAUUACAGAUGGAUCUUGUAUUCCCACUCUUCAGGUUUCGGUGGAUUCAGCUUUAGCUUUACCUAGCCUAGUUAUGCCUACUGGAGCUUGCAUUCUUGCAGAAGGUGUAUUACAGCAGCCAUCUAUUCAGGGGAAACAAGUUCUUGAGCUCAAGGUGGAAAAAGUCCUACAUGUUGGGGGAGUGGAUGAGGACAAGUAUCCUUUAUCUAAGAAACGUUUGCCUCUGGAAAUGUUAAGAGAUCGUCCCCAUUUUCGCCCUCGGACAACAACAGUUGCAUCUGUGACAAGAAUAAACAGUGCCCUUACUCAAGCAAGUCAUGUCUUUUGUCAAAAUCAUGGAUUUGUUUAUGUGCAAGUGCCCAUAAUUACUCACAUGGAUAUGGAAGGUUCUGACAAGAUGUUUCAAGUUACGACUCUUUUGAACAGUCAAGAAACGCGAGGUCAAAAUCCUGCUGAUAAUGUUGCUGGUGUUAGCCUUGAAACCAUCAAAGCUUCACUUAAGGAAAAAAGCAAUCGGGUUGAAGAACUCAAGAGAAGCGAAAGCAAUAAAGAAGCUGCAGCUGCAGCCAUCCAGGAUUUGAGGAAAACAACUGAGCUUGUGGCACAGUUAGAAGCAAGAGAAAAAGCUAAAUCUGGUCAUUCUUUCAAAGCCAAGAAACUUAAUUUCUCUGAUGAUUUCUUCUCUAAACCAGCGUACCUUACAGUAUCUGGUCGUCUUCAUCUGGAAAGCUAUGCUUGUGCCCUUGGAAAUGUUUACUCGUUUGGACCUAGAUUUCGAGCUGAACAAUCACAGUCAAGGAGAUCAUUAGCUGAGAUGUGGAUGCUUGAGAUUGAAAUGGCAUUCUCUGAACUUGAAGAUGCAAUGGAUUGCGCAAGUGAUUUCUUGAAAUUUAUAUGUAAAUGGAUCGUGGACAACUGCAAUGACGACCUCAAAUUCGUGACAAAGCGAAUUGAUAAAACUGUUGAAGAUCGCCUUAAGUUAAUGGUUUCAGGUUCGCUUGAAAAGAUAUCCUAUGCAGAUGCAGUGGAGGUCUUGAAACGGGUUACUCAAAAGAAAUUUGAAGUCAAAGUAGAAUAUGGUGUUUCUUUGACUGAAGAACAUGAAAGCUAUCUUGCAGAUGUGGUGUAUGAAAAACCAGUUAUCGUGUACAACCAACCAAAAGCACUCAAGCCAUUCAAUGUGCGCCUAAAUGACGACGGAAAAACAGUUUCUUCAUUCGAUGUAAUUUUACCUAAGGUGAGAUCAAGUAUACGCCCUUUGGAUGAUACAACUAUCUGCGGGAUGCAAUUGAACUACUUCUAUAAGAUAUACGCACUUUGAGUUGUCUUCUGAGUCAAUUUACGAGUGCUUUUUUGUCCAGGUUGGAGCUGUGAUACGAGGAAGCCAAAAUGAGGAACGUCUCAAUGUGUUAAGCAAUAGGUGAAAAGUCUUCUCAUAUUUUAGCCAAAAUAUCCCACAUCUAGUCUGUUGUCGGCGCAUAAGCCUAUCUGGUUUUAUGUGCCUCCUAAACUUGUUUAUUUUGUUUUAUCACACCAAUAGCAAGGAAAUUUUACUUUCCUCUUUGUGAACUCUCUUGCUACAUUUGUUAGGAUGAAAGAAGUUGGCUUGACGAAGCAGGAAUGUGAAUGGUACUUGGAUAUUCGAAGGCAUGGAACUGCCAGAACUUCAGGCUUCAGCGUGGCGCUCGACUCCCUAGUUCUUUACGCAACUGGACUCAAUGAUAUCAAAGACGCUGUUCCCUUCCCGAGAAGUUAUGGGAAAGCGUACAACUAAAACUUCCUAGCUGAUAAGCACUUUUUCCUUAUCAAAUGCUGUGGAGAAUGAUUGUACACCUUUGUUUGCAUCGCAAUGAGGUCAUGCUUAACUUGAUGACUCAACAAAGCAAGAUAAUGUAAAUAAAAUGUUAGAAACUCAAAGAAUAAUUGCCUGUAUAAUCCCUGUAUAGUAGCAGUGAACCCAUACUUUUUUAUUGAUUGUAAAAUACAUUGAUGUAUAUGUAUGAAGUUUGAAACAGCAACGACGAUUACAAUGCAGAUUGUGUUUUUUUCAUCUGCUUCUUCUUUAUUGUGACUAUUGUUUCAGAGGAUUUGAAAUACAUAUAUAUAUAUAUAUAUAUAUAUAUUGUAGCUUUGACCAGAUGCUGUCAUGAAUCAGAAGCUAGUCUUAGAAUGGAGCGAUUUCGUAGCGCAGAAUGCAGCUGGAGUAUUGAAGGCGACAUCCUACGGAUUUCAGAUUAUUGCAGAGGUUGGAAAGGUUGGCAACACCAGUUUUCAGACAACUCGUGCAAGAACUGAGAGACAAGUCCUGAGUGCACUGAACCAAGCCGUAAAGGGUAACAGAAGACGAUACUCCAAGAGUUCCUUUCGCGAACCCUUUGUUCCCCGGCACAACAGCUUGUGAAGUGAGGUUACUGAUCAGACUGGUGACUUGUUUCUUGAAGAGAGAUGGGCUUUGGGGAUGAUCACUGUUGUACAAGUUGGAAACAACAGAGGUAUCGACUUUUCCAAAGAAAUUCUGGUCCAAAUACCUUAGGAAACAGUUAUCAUACCAUCUCCUUUGAUCAGUACUAUUAAUAACAGGAUCAAAUCCGCAUUGGGUUUUGAUGGAGCUUGCUGCAUCAUUGAUGCAGGUGGAGCAAUCUGAUCUGCUCACAUCUUGUCUGCACUGCCCCAGCCCAUAGACGGCGUCACUACCCGAGCCAUAGCUCGCGAUGGCGAAACCAUUUUGAGCCGUGUUUGUUGCUAGUCCAGCCAGCAAGUUGUCGAUAUUUGCUGACAUUUGAGGACUCUUAAUGGUGGAAUUUUCAUUACAGUAGGAAGUGAUAACAUCUGCAAAUACUGCAGUGAAGCAGCAGCAGAGGAAUAGCAAGAAAACAAGGCGGAAUGAAGCCAUGAUGAUUAGCAAAGACAAAAUGACAAAAUUGCUAUUUUGUUUUGCUCUGCAUUUUGUUGAAGGAAGGCUUUCCAAUUUAUAGCAAUCAGAAACGGGUAAGAAGCAUAACUGGAGAGCGUAUUUUCCUGACUUUUUGUUGGACAUUAAACGUGUUUUUUAAAAAAAUUAAUUUCGUUUCUGGUUCCCUUUGAACGUUGACUUAGUAUAAUUCUCUGACAAAUACUGAUUCCAAGUGGAUUGCUUAUCAUUCACAACUGGAUCUGGAUGGGUGCAACUAAGAAAAUA